AUGAAAAAAGUGCUCGUCCAUCAGGAUAACGCACCGGCUCACACCUCCGCCGUCGCCACGACAAAAUUGGUAGAAUUAGGUUACGAACUGCUGCCCCAACCACCGUAUUCUCCGGAUUUGGCCCCGUGCGCCUUCUUUUUGUUUCCAAAUUUGAAAAACCCCCUUCCAUUCGCCGGGCCGAAAUUUGAGUCGAAUAAGGACGUCAUCGUUGCCUCGGAGGCCUAUUUUGCAGACCUCCAGAAGACGUAUUUUUCAGACGGGUUAAAGAAGGAUCAUUGCUGGGUCAUAUAUCAAUUUGACCUUUGA